AUGGCCAAAAAGCAAACCUCCCCUGCCUACGUCCUAGGCGUAGGCAUGACGAAAUUCAUCAAACCCCGCGGCAAAGUCGACUACACCGAGCUGGGUUUCGAAGCCGGUGUCAAGGCCAUGCUGGACGCCCAUAUAUCCUAUGACGACGUCGAGCAGGGCAUCGCUUGCUACUGCUACGGCGACUCCACCUGCGGCCAGCGUGUGUUCUACCAGUUCGGCCUCACCCGCAUCCCAAUCUAUAACGUCAACAAUAACUGCUCGACGGGCUCUACGGGUCUGGCAAUGGCACGCACGAUGGUCUCGCAUGGCGCUGCGGACUGUGUUCUUGUCGUUGGCUUUGAGAAGAUGAAUCCGGGCAGUUUGUCGGCCAACUUCAAUGACCGCGCGAAUCCGACUGGUCUUUUUGGAGAGAUGAUGGCGAAGACUCGUGGGGUCACUAAUGCCCCUGGUGCGGCGCAGAUGUUUGGAAAUGCUGGUAUUGAGUACAUGGAGAAAUACGGAGCCAAACCCACCGACUUCGCCGAAAUCGGCCGCAUCAACCAUGAACACUCCAAGCGAAACCCGUACUCCCAAUUCCAAGACGAAUACACCCUCGAGCAAAUCUCCAACUCCCCCAUGAUCCACUACCCCCUCACAAAACUCCAAUGCUGCCCCACCUCCGACGGCGGCGCCGCAGCCGUCAUCGUCUCCCAAUCCUUCCUCGACGCCCGCCCACACCUCAAGGACCAAGCAGUCCUCAUUGCAGGCCAAACAAUAGCCACCGACGCCCCCUCCGUCUACGACACCAGCUCCAUCAGCCUGAUGGGCUUCGACAUGGCCCGGUACGCUGCCCGCACCGCCCUCGCCGAAGCAGGCGUGGACGUGAAAUCCGUCAAAGUCUGCGAGCUGCACGACUGCUUCUCGGCCAACGAGAUGACGACGAUUGACGCGCUGGAGCUCUCUGAGUCCGGCAAGGCGCAUGAGAUGGUCCGCAGGGGUGAUAUUACGUACGGCGGGAAGAUGGUUGUUAAUCCGUCCGGGGGUCUGAUUUCGAAGGGCCACCCCGCUUGGCGCGACGGGGAUUGCGCAGUGCGCGGAGCUUGUGUGGCAUUUGCGCGGGUGGGCGAAUAA